AUGCACUUAUUUAUACCACAUACAUCGAAAAUUGGAAAAACUAUAUUAACUGAAUCAAAUGAUAUUGCAAUCGAGUUGAAUAAACAUUUUACAACUAUAGGAACAAAAUUAUCUAACAGUAUUCCAAAUAUAAACGAUAAACACGUCAAUGAUGCACAAAAUCUCAGUAAUUCAAACAUAAAUUAUACUGAGGUAACUUAUACCGAAUUUGAUGAUGCUUUUAAAUCAUUAAAAAAAAAUAAAGCAACAGGAUAUGAUGGCAUUAAUGGAAAUAUUAUAAUAGACUCUUACGACAUUAUUAAAAACAUUCUUUAUAAAAUAUUUAGAGCAUCUAUAAUUCAAGGAUCUUUACCAGAUUAUCUAAAGAUAGCAAAGAUAAUUCCUGUUUUUAAGACCGGCGAACAUAUUAAUAUGAAUAACUAUCGCCGUAUUUCAAUUCUUUCAUUUUUCUCAAAAAUUAUCGAGAGGAUAAUGCAUAACCGAAUCUAUACAUACCUUAUUGAAAAUAAAUUGCUUUAUGAAAAUCAAUUUAAAUGGAACAAUUCAACUGAGCACGCUGUUCUCCAACUUACACGCAACAUCUCCGAAUCUUUUAAAAACGGUCAAUUUACAUUAGAAGUCUUUAUAGACCUGUCCAAGGCUUUUGACACUGUUGAUCACAAGAUCUUGUUAAAAAAACUAGUAUCAUAUGGUAUAAUAGAUAAAACAGUAAACUGGUUCAAAAGCUAUUUAACUAAUCGCAAACAAUAUGUUUACAAUGAAAACUCUGGCUCUCUGAGGAGUGUAUAUUGA